AUGUCUCAAAAGGUUGCACUCGUGACUGGAGCAACCGGUCACCAGGGCGGUGCCACUGCUCGCGAACUCCUUAAGUCCGGAGUCAAAGUCCACGCACUCGUCCGAAGUCCUUCGUCUGAACCCGCCCUUGAGCUCCGGCGCCUAGGAGUCCACCUGUUUCCUGGUGAUUUCGACAAUGUACACGCAAUUCAGGCUGCAAUGGAAGGCGUAACUGCCGUCUUCCUGAAUGUAUCUCCCAUCCCCUCCGACGCCGAACGCGAGGUGAUUCACGGCAAAAAUGUUAUCGAAGCUACCAAGAAUUCCGGUUCUGUCACCACGAUUGUGUACUCUAGUGUUUCAAUGGCCGGGCAGCACGAGUCGUUCCCAGGGUGGGGGCCAGAUCACCCCAUGGCGUGGUACUGGCUCGGUAAAUAUUACAUCGAGGCGAUGGUGCGCGAAUCUGGUGUUAAAUAUUGGACGAUCCUCCGACCCGCGUUUCUGAUGAACAACUAUCACUCUCCAACUUCGGACUUCAUGUUCCCAGAUUUGGCUCAAAGAGGGGUCUUUUUGACGGCUUACAAGCGUAGCACUGCUAUGACUGUACUUGAUCCCGGUGAUGUGGGGAAGUUUGCGGCAGCUGCGAUUGCUGAACCGGAGGCAUACAACAAGCAUGAAAUUGAUUUGGGAGUUGAAGCACUGACGCCUGCUGAGAUUGUGCGGGAGCUGAGUCGAGCGAGCGGGAAGGAGGUUGGUCUCCAGUUUUAUAGCGAUGAGGAGGUGGCAGAACUUGCUCCCAAGAACCCGGUGCUCAUUGCUCAGUUGUGGACAAAUGAUGUUGGUUAUCAAGUUGAUUUCAAGAAACUGUCGAAAUAUCCGAUUCGCUUGACCAGGUUUCGCGAAUACCUUGAGAAGCACCGUGAUCAAGUUCUAUGGACAUUUAAUUAG